AUGUUUCUUAGGCUUUCUUUCUUUUUUCUCUCUGCUUCUUAUGCAUGUGCCCUUUGGAUCCCAAUUAGGCGGCAAACUACCCCUGUAACAGCUGUUAUUCGUAAUCCGCAGGCGGUCGCGAAUGUUAACUUCUCGGACGUGGCGAACGAAGUGUAUUUAGCCACCAUACACGUGAACGGUCGCCCGUACCAGGUUCAGGUCGAUUCUGGCAGCUCUGACCUAUGGAUCGAUGCCAAAAGCAAUGAUCUUCCGGGAGUUCAUCACACAGGCCAAAGCUCGACCACUGUAUAUGGUGACGGUACUUCUGCAGGAGGGGAGAUCGUCCUUGGCAAUGUGACUUUUGGAGAGUUUACCGUGGUGAACCAAGCACUCGUACUCGCCCCAGGAAGCAAUGCCACUGACGAUGGCAUAGUGCAAGGCAUUCUUGGUGUCGGGCCAUACGGCGGCUCUAUGAUUCAAAAAAAGCUGAAUGGGACGGCUUACAAUGGACAGAAUUUCCUCACGAAUGUCUUUCAACUGGUCCCGGAUGAGUCCCCCUUCAUGACUUUCCUCCUGUCUCGGACCAAUACAGGAGUGACGGAGGGUGGCGUACUGUCGAUCGGCGAACUAGUUAGCAACCUAACGCACAUCACGAAGGCCCCUAAACUUCCUGUCCUUUCACCAAGCGGCUGGGUGACAGCGUCGGAUGGCGUGCUCGUGAACGGCAAGCAUUAUUCAGCACACACCACCCCAACAAAGGCUGGAAACCGGAGCAUCGCUUUGAUUGAUACCGGAACAUCAGUCGGUACGCUCCCAAGAGCCGUGAUCGACUUCAUGUACAAGGAUAUUUCUGGGGCGAAGUGGAGUGAAGAAGACAACACCUACAAGCUUCCUUGCCAGUCCAAGGUAAACAUCAGUCUGGUCUUCGGCGGCAUUGCCUACCCCAUUCAUCCCAUCGACGCUGUCUUGCCCGACAUAGGCGACAAUGGCGUCGUAACAUGUAUGGCAGCAUUUGAAGCUGCGGAUGAUGGACUCAUGCUCCUCGGUGAUACGUUCAUGCGCAAUGUGUAUACUCUAUUCAACUUCGGCGACACACUGACGCAGCGCGAGGGCGACGAACCGGCACACAUUCAGCUUCUUAGCAUCACUGACCCCGAUCAAGCUUGGAGCGAGUAUCAACAGCUGAACGCGAAGCGCAUCGCCGAACUGGAAUAUGACAAGUUCGCUAAAGAGUUCCAGGUCGCGAGCUCCACCGCGCUGUCAGCUUCUGCCACCGCGAGUCAAUACACCCUCGUCAGACAUAACAGCAAGGUCGCCACGACUGCGUAUGCAACGGCAACACCGACCCUCCAGGCGGCCGUGCAGAAUCCACGCCGACACUACCGUGUCUAUUAA